UCUGGGGUGACCAGUAAACGUUCUCAAGUGAUCUGAAGACUACCAGUACAGGUAUUAUCCCGAUAGACUCAUCCUCAUAAUGAAGCUGACAUUGGUAAUCUUUGCCGUCUGUGUUUCUGUCGCCCUCACAGCGACCGUCGACGAAGAACCGGAUAGAGAAUGUGCAUGUUCAAUGGACUUCAAACCUGUAUGUGGUACAGACCGCAUAACUUAUGGAAACGAUUGCAUGAGAAAUUGUAAGAACAAUAUCCAUCUGCUUCACGAAGGAGAGUGUGAAGAAGAAGACGAAUGUGUUUGUAACCAAGACUACCGGCCUGUUUGUGGCGAUGACGAUGUUACCUACUCCAACGACUGCAGUAGAGAAUGCGCGGGAGUUAACAAUGUUCACGAAGGAUCCUGCGAUUCCAAAUAAGAGGACCUCUCUCACGAAGAAAGCCCGACUCCCGCAUGGUCAACACAACGAAAUAUCAAGCGUAUUGGUACAUUGCUUUACUCUGCCUGAUUAUUGGCGGCUGUAUACGCAUACGAAUUAAAUCAAUUAUGAAAUCAUGUGUAUAAUAUAAUUUGCAAGGAUUUAUUUAUUAAAGUUAAGAAUGAUUGAAACAAA